CCAUUGGAGCGGCCGAUGACGGGCGGGUCGAGCUCGCGCAGGCGCCGGGCUGAGCAGCGCAGCUCGGCAGCGGGGCCGGAGCAGCGCAGCUCCCCGAGGGAGGCGGCAAGCAACAUGGGCGCGGGCCCGGCGCUGGCCGCGCUGCUGCUGGCCGGGUCCGUGCUGAGCGCCACGCUGCUGGCUCCCGGCCGCCGGACGGAGCCAGACAUAGAUGAAAAGAGGAAUGUGGAGCUGAAAAUGGAUCAGGCUUUGCUUCUCAUCCACAAUGAGCUCUUGGGAGCAAGCCUCACUGUGUACUGGAAAUCCGAAUACUGCUACCAAUGCACCUUCCAGCCUCUGGCGAACGUGUCUCACAGAGGCAAGCCUGCGAAGCCAAGCGUCGCAGCCGUCCCCGUGAGCACCCAGCACGGGUCCAUCCUACAAGUUAACUCUACCUGGGGAGAAACGGCAGCUUGCAGGCUGGAAUACAAAUUUGGAGAAUUUGGAAACUAUUCCCUUUUGGUACAGCAUGCUUCCACUGGAACCAGUGAAAUUGCCUGUGACCUAGUUGUCAAUGAGAAUCCAGUCAACAGCAACCUUCCUGUAAGUAUCGCAUUCCUUGUUGGUCUGGCACUCAUCAUCGCAAUAUCUUUCCUGAGACUAUUACUGAGAACAAAACUGGGACGAACUAUUUGCAAGGAGGAGCCUUUCGUCUUUUCCUCUUGCCUCUGUUUGGAUGACUUCAGUAAUUGGAUUUCUAAAACAAUAACUUCUCGAGAGACUGACCGCCUCAUUAAUUCUGAGCUAGGAUCCCCAAGCAGAACAGACCCCCUCAGUGGUGACUGUCAGCCAGAAGCACGACGCACAUCUGCCUCGCCAUACCGUCUCCGAUGCGUGGACACAUUUAGGGGGAUAGCUCUCAUCCUCAUGGUCUUCGUUAAUUAUGGAGGAGGAAAAUAUUGGUACUUCAAACAUUCAAGUUGGAAUGGACUGACGGUGGCUGACCUUGUCUUCCCAUGGUUUGUGUUUAUUAUGGGAUCUUCAAUUUUCUUGUCAAUGACUUCUAUCCUACAACGAGGAUGUUCAAAAUUCAGACUGCUGGGGAAAAUUGCCUGGAGAAGUUUCCUGUUAAUCUGUAUAGGAAUUAUCAUUGUCAACCCCAAUUAUUGCCUUGGUCCAUUGUCUUGGGAUAAGUUGCGGAUCCCUGGUGUCCUGCAGCGGUUGGGAGUGACAUACUUUGUGGUCGCUGUGUUGGAGCUCCUCUUCUCGAAGCCUGUCCCUGACAGCUGUUCCUUGGAGAGAAGCUGCUUUUCUCUUCGAGACGUCACUUCCAGCUGGCCCCAGUGGCUCAUCCUUCUGACACUGGAAAGCAUUUGGCUGGCUUUGACACUCUUUUUACCUGUCCCUGGGUGCCCUACUGGCUACCUUGGCCCUGGUGGUAUUGGCGACUUGGGGAAGUACCCUCACUGCACUGGAGGAGCCGCCGGCUACAUCGACCGCCUACUUCUGGGAGACAGUCAUCUGUACCAGCACCCAUCCUCCACUGUCCUUUAUCACACUGAGGUGGCCUACGACCCAGAAGGAAUCUUAGGGACUAUCAACUCCAUUGUGAUGGCAUUUUUAGGAGUUCAGGCAGGAAAAAUACUACUGUAUUAUAAGGAUCAGACAAAAGCCAUCCUGAUGAGAUUCGCCGCCUGGUGCUGCAUCCUUGGGCUUAUUUCUCUUGCUUUGACAAAGGUGUCUGCAGACGAAGGCUUUAUUCCAAUAAACAAAAACCUCUGGUCCCUUUCGUACGUCAGCACAUUGAGCUGCUUCGCCUUCUUCAUGCUGCUCGUCCUGUAUCCGGCUGUGGACGUGAAGGGGCUGUGGACAGGAGCUCCAUUCUUCUACCCAGGGAUGAACUCCAUUCUGGUGUAUGUUGGUCAUGAGGUGUUUGAGGACUACUUCCCCUUCCGGUGGAAGCUGGAGGACGACCAGUCACACAAAGAGCACCUAAUUCAAAACAUAGUCGCCACUGCUCUCUGGGUGCUCAUCUCCUACGUUCUCUAUAAGAAGAAGAUGUUUUGGAAAAUCUGACAGCAUUCACUGACGUGUAUUGCUGGAGGAGUCCAGCGGCCCUGGGAGCAGGGUGUAAACAGCCUUUUAAAGGGAAUCCUCCCGCACAGAAGGGACGUACUCCCAGAUGCUGUGUCCACGCUGAUUUUCUUACAGGUCAGAAAUCUGCAUGUAUGUUUUUUACUUACAUAUUUACAGAUUUGAAAUGUUAAUGCUCCUUUUCUUCAUUUUCUAUGAAAUUGGUAUGUUUGGGACAUGUGUGGAAAUCUCCUUGAACUUCCCAGAGGGGAUUUACUAUGGACAUUUUGCCUCUGUAAUGAAGGCCAAGGUUGGUGAGCUGGUUUGACUCAGAGGUAGAAUAAUUUCCUAGCUUGGAAAGUUCGAUCCCUGGCAAGACAAUCAAACGGGCAACAACAAGAACACAAGAAAACCCCAAAUAAUUGAAGGAUGAAUUCUAAUCUCCUGAAAACUGCCUCCCUGUGCAUGCCAACAAAAAUACCGUGGCUUCUGCUGUGAGACUUACAUAAAGCUUUUUGAAUGGA